GGCAAGGAGGACAACGGUCUGAGGAAGAGGGAAAUGCUCCUUUAGAAGGGAUCCCUUCCAUGGAUGAUGAGCCAAUAUCCUCUCGCACAGGGGAUACUCUUCUGGGGGGUGGGAGCCUCCUUGUAGUGAGUGAUUCAAUCAUUAGCGGUAUAGAGAGAAGGGUUUGUGACCCGCGUGCUGACCGCACGGUGACUUGCCUGCCUGGUGCGAAGGUUGUGGACAUCACACGACGUCUAGACAGGCUCUUAGGCAGUGCUGAGGAGGAGACAGCUGUCGUGGUGCACGUCGGCACCAACAAUGUGGGGACAUGUAGUUGGGAGGUCCUGGAAGCCAAAUUUAGGCUGAUAGGUAGCAUUUUGAAGUCCAGGACCCCCAAGGUAGCAUUCUCAGAAAUUCUACCUGUUCCACGCGCAGGUACAGUGAGACAGGCAGAGCUGAGGGGUUUCAAUGCGUUGAUGAGACAUUGGUGCCGGGAGGAGGGGUUUAGAUUUAUUAGGCACAGGGAUACAUUUUGGGGCAAGCAAGGCCUGUACAAAAGGGACGGGCUGCACUUGAACCAAGAUGGAACCAGACUGCUGGCGCUUAAAAUCAAAAAGGUUGCAGAGCAGCUUUUCAAAUGAUGCCUGGGGAACAGCCGAUGGGAGCUGGGCAGUAUCCUGUUUGGCAAAAGCCAUCCUUUCAAGUGUGAGGCUGCAAACAAUUCAGAAAAAACAGAAGGGGACAGAGCAGAGCUGCACAAAGAGCAGACGGGAGCCUGUGCCAGCAGGUCAAAGAGUCAAAAGAAUAGCAUACAUCAGGGGAGAGAUUCAGCGUAUAGGUGCUUAUAUGCCAAUGCCAGAAGCCUCCGAGCCAAGAUGGGUGAGCUGGAGUGCUUGGUUGCUAACGCAGAAAUAGAUAUAGUGGGCAUAACAGAAACAUGGUGGAACAGUGAGAGCCAGUGGGACACUGUUAUCCCUGGGUAUAAACUCUAUAGAAAGGACAGGGAGGGGCGCCUUGGAGGUGGGGGUAGCACUGUAUGUUAAAGAAGGGAUAGAAUCUAACAAGCUAGAAAACCUAGGUGGACUGGAGUCCUCCACAGAAACCCUGUGGGUGACAAUACAAGGCCUGAAAGGGAACGUGCUACUGGGGACGUGCUAUCGCCCUCUGGAUCAAAACGCCGACAGUGACUGGGAGUUGCAGGAGGAAAUCAGGGAGGUGUAAAGGAGAGGCAGGGCUGUAAUUAUGGGUGACUUAAAUUACCCACACAUAGACUGGGUAAAUUCACAGUCAGGUCAGGACAAAGAGGUCAGAUUUCUAGAUAUGCUAAAUGACUGUGCCCUAGAACAGUAGGUCUUGGAACCAACCAGAGAGAAGGCGACCUUGGACCUAAUUCUGAGUGGCACCCAGGACCUGGAGCAUGAUGUCAGUGUCAUCGACCCUUUAGGGAACAGUGACCAUAGUGCCAUCAAAUUCCAGCAUACAUACAGGGAGAGAAUCACCAAGGACAUCUAACACGGACAUUUUGAAUUUCAGAAGAGGAAACUUCUCCAAAAUGAGGAGUAUGGUGAAAAGAAAGCUGUAAGGGAGUUUACUCAAAACCACAAUACUAGUAGCACAGUUAGAUUGUAUACCCAAAAGGAGGAAAGGUACUACUAAGUCUAGGAGGAUGCCAGCAUGGCUAACGGGUACCGUCAAGGAAGCCUUAGAAGAGAAGAAGACUUCCUUCCGAAAUUGCAAGGCCUGUCCAAAUGAAGAGAACAGCAACACAAACUCUGGCAAAAGUAAUGCAAGGUGACAAUAAGAGAGGCAGAGAGAGAGUUUGAGGAACAUUUAGCCAAAAGUAUCAAGGGGAAUAACAAAAACUUCUUUAAAUACAUCAGAAGCAGGAAACCUGCCAAGGAGGCAGUUGGACCAUUAGACAAUGAGGGAGUGAAAGGGAUUAUUAAGGAGGAUAUGGAGGUUGCAGAGAAGCUGAAUGAGUUCUUUGCAUCUGUCUUCAUGGCAGAGGAUACUCAACAUAUACCUGUUCCUGAACCAGGCUUUUUAGGGAUGGAGGUUAGAGAGCUGAGUCUGAUAGAAGUGACAAGAGAUGAUGUUCUAAACUGUCUGGAAAAACUGAAAAUUAACAAAUCAGCAGGGCCGGAUGGUAUCCAUCCAAGAGUCCUCAAAGAACUCAGAUCUGAAAUUGCCGACCUUCUUGCUAAAGUAUAUAACUUAGUCCUGAAAUCGGCCUAUUUUGCCAUGCAGGUGAUCUAUAGUCGGCGAAAAUGUAAAGUUUCUCCUCCUAUCACAUCAGGGCCACCAGAAUUUGAAAGAAUCUUCAGAGCCCAAGUGAAUUGCUCGGAAUACUUCCCAAUAUUUCUCUCUCUUUUGUGGGUAGCCGGAAUUUUUUCCCAUCAAGUUUUGGCUGCAUUCUGUGGAUUAAUGUACCUGUAUGCACGCUAUCAGUACUUUAGUGGAUAUGCACAUUCUGCUCAAGGGAGACUGGGUCCCAUGUACUUCAGCACUGGCAUUCUUUGCGUUCUGAUUGGAUUGUCUGUGGCAGGGCUCAUCACCCACUUUGUGCCACUCACUGCUCUGGUUUCACAAGUGAACUUCUAAGUCAGCAGUGCCUGUCUGCUGGUCGAUUACUUCAAACAUUGUGCCAUGUCUUUCAACUUUCAUUUAUCUGUUUCAGUAAAGUAGCUGAAAUCGCUCUUUUAAAAAGCAA